GGCGUCACUGCCGCUUCCUCGGCGGGCGAUUCGAAGGCGAUGUCGGGAGUGGGGGCCGCUGCCGCUCCCUCGGCGGGCGGGCGGGACACGAUGGCGCAGUGCUCGGAGCUGGAGAGCUCGCUGUCGCUGCUGGAGCCGGGCGGCGGCCUGGCCGAGCAGCAGCAGCGAGAGCAGCCGGCGGGGGCGGCCCCCAUGCCCAUGGUGUUCCUGUGCGGCGGCUGCAGGCGGCCCGUGGGCGACACCUCGAGCUGGGCGUUCAAUGACGAGGAGAGCGGCUGCAUCCUGCUGCGCAGUGCGACUGCCAGCGUCGCCGUGGACCCGGAGCGGAAGGUGUCCAAGCUCCCCGGCGAAUACGGAUGCAUGGUAGAAACCUUAUUCUGCUCUGGCUGCUCAAGGACACUUGGCAGCAUCUACAGGUGUACCUCACGGCAUAUCGACUACAAGAGAGAUUUGUUCUGUUUCAGCGUUGACUCUGUUGAAAGUUAUAUUCUAGGAACCCCAGAAAAUGAAGCUGUUCUUCAUGAGGAACCUCUUACUCUUGAAAGUCAGGCUGUCUUGGAAGAGGUGCUGGAAAGGGUAGACACGAUAUUCAGAGCUCUGGAGUCAAGACUUAGCACCAUUGAGCAGCGUGUGGCUGCUCUGCACAGGCAGGUCUGACAGCAAAUGCACCCUGAAGUGCAGGAGAAUGGCCAAGGUGAACCUCGGCCCUGGAAUCCUCUGGGCUCUGUGGGGACGUUGCCAAGAUGUGGAAGGGCUGCAGGCCGUGGGCGGAGCCGUGCUGAGCCAGGCUGAGUCCCAGCCCAGGAGUUCUUCUUAUGUCCCUUGAGAGGACACCCCCGGGGUUUUUUCUUCAUAAGGACUUCUGAUCAGGCAAUCUGUAGACGCCUGGUUGCAUGUAAAUAUUUAUUUAAAUUUUUAUCUCUGAAAGCAAAGCAUUUCUCUCCAGGCUUCGCUGCAGUUCAGCAUCUACUACCCUGGGUGUGCAUUUUGCUGAGCUAAUAGAAAACCUCUCUGCGAUUCUGUAAUGUCCAAAGGAACCUCGUGAAGUCGCUUUUCUUUUUCUUGUCUCCAUAGCUUUAGCUUGACUCGUGCUCAAGGAGAGGAAUAACUCCAUUGCUAUACGUGGUGAAUUGUUAGUUUGGGGGGUUUUGCAAGUUCAGGGCUAAAAUACGGUGUAAGAAAAGGCUUUUUUUGUAGCAUCAGAGAAAUGCUUUUCCGUGAGAUGUUGAAGGUCAGUUAUUUUAAAACUUUAAAGGGAGGAAACCAAACCAGGCUGAUGACACUCCUUUCAGCAAGGCUCGGUAUAUAUAUUUGAGCAAUUAAUUCAGCAGGGUUUUUUUCGUGUUAAUGCUGCUAUUUCGGUUGUGUUUGGUUUUCUGUGCAUUUGACUAUUUGUCAGUGUUUCUCAUACAGUAGGAGUGUUCCACCUAGUGUUUUUCAAUAACAGCAAGCCCUAGUGGUAUAAAGCAAGCAUAAUCUCAAAAA